AUGAUUAUUUGGGGGAUUUUUGACAUCCACCGUUUGAGACAAGCUAAAAAUAUCCGAGGAAAGGCUCCUGCUCUUUUCCCCGUCAAGAUGGCACUAAUUUUACUUCAGCUGGUGUUUCAGAUAUGGCUUGUCAUAUACAAUGCCAAGAAUACCCAGUAUAUUCCACCAGAUGUUACCUUUCUCAACGAUUAUAAAUGGUGGUCCCUGGUUCUUUCUUUGGUAGCUAUGACUGUGUCCUUGAUCCUAUCUUACAUUGAGAAUUACAAGACCUACAUAUCCUGCACUUCUUUGAUAACGUUCUGGUUUUUUUUCGCCGUUGCUGGUUAUUUCAGAAUCAUUAACAUCUAUUUGAGAAGUGGGUCUGCCGUUUAUCUGUUCAUUACUGUGGCCACUACUGUCAAUUCGAUCGCCAUUGCAGUCAUUGAGAUCAACUACUCUCCAAGGGCUACCUUCAAGGAACAGUCUUCCGAGAAUUAUAAUCCAAUCGACUACGCAAAUAUAUUUGGUAAACUCACAUUCACAUGGCUUACUCCAUUGAUGCAGAAAGGAUACCAUAAGUUUCUCGAGCAGAAGGAUUUGCCAUCAUUACCAGAAGAACUAAGAUCUGAAGUAUUAUAUUCCAACCUGGAUAAGCAAUGGAUAACUGAAUUGAACCGAAAUGGCAAGCCUUCAUUGCUUCGUGCCAUAGCGAAAUCUUUUGGUAAACCAUUUAUGGGUGCAGCCAUAUUCAAGUUGAUUCAAGAUUGCAUUGCUUUCGUUCAGCCUCAGCUAUUAAAGAAGUUGAUUUUGUUUGUCAAUGACUACUCCAAGGAUCACUCUAUUCCUCUUACCAGAGGUUUCAUGAUUGUUACUGCCAUGUUUGGAUUUUCUGUCGUUCAAACUGCCGCCUUGCAUCAGUAUUUCCAAAGAGUCUUUGAUACAGGUAUCAAGAUUAAGUCCUCACUGAACUGCCUCAUCUAUAAAAAAGCAUUGGUCCUUUCGCCUGAGGCUAAACAGAAGAAAUCCACUGGUGAUAUUGUCAACUUAAUGUCUGUUGAUACUCAGCGUCUUCAGGACUUGUGCCAAAAUCUGCAAAUAAUCUGGUCCGGUCCUUUCCAAAUUACCCUAUGCUUGAUUUCUCUUUACCAGUUGAUUGGUAAUGCUAUGUGGGUUGGAGUUUGUAUCUUAUUGAUUACGUUCCCACUGAACACUAUAGUUUUCAGAAAGCAGAGAGUUUUACAGAAAAGGCAAAUGAAGGUCAAGGAUGAGAGAACUGGAUUGAUUUCAGAAAUGUUGAAUAAUAUCAAAUCACUAAAGUUGUAUGCUUGGGAGAAUCCAUAUAAAGCCAAUCUUACAAGUGUGAGAAAUGACAAAGAGCUAAAAAACUUGAAGAAGAUUGGUAUCUUCCAAGCUGGAAAUCAAUUCAUCUUUAACUCUACACCUCAUCUGGUCAGUUCGUCAACAUUUGCAUUGUUUCUUUGGAAAUACAGCAGUCGGCCCUUAAGUACUGAUAUUGUUUUCACUGCUCUUUCGUUAUUCAAUUUAUUAGGCUUCCCAUUAGCUGUUUUACCUUGGGUUAUUGGUGGUGUCAUUGAGGCGCAGGUCUCUCUUAAGAGAUUAACCGAUUUUUUGACUAGCGAUGAGUUAGACAUCAACACUGUUCAUCGUAUGCCUGCUGUCACCAAGAAAAAUGAUGUGUGUGUGGAAAUUGAUAACGCAGAUUUCCUAUGGUCCAGAGAUCCUUAUAAAGUGGCUAUGGUCAACAUCAAUUACAAGGCACUUAAGGGUGACCUUCAUUGUAUCGUGGGAAGGGUCGGAGCCGGUAAGUCGGCCAUGCUUCAAGCAAUUUUGGGAGACUUACAUAAGACGAAAGGUAUAGUGGUGACUCAUGGUACCGUUGCCUAUGUUCCACAAAUUCCAUGGAUCAUGAACGGUACUAUCAAGGAAAACAUUCUUUUCGGCUGCAAGUUCGAGCCUAAUUUCUAUCUGAAAACGUUGAAGGCAUGCGCUCUAACGCUUGAUCUGGAUAUAUUACCUGAUAGCGACUCAACUCAGGUCGGUGAGAGGGGUAUUAGUUUGUCUGGAGGCCAAAAAGCUCGUUUGUCGUUGGCAAGGGCUGUGUAUGCUAGAGCUGACAUCUAUGUGAUGGAUGAUAUUUUGAGUGCCGUCGACGAACAUGUUGGCAGGCAUCUUAUAAACAAUGUGUUGGGACCAGAUGGCUUGCUUAUGAGUAGAUGCCGUAUUUUAUCUACGAACAAUUUGCAUGUGUUAGAGUUUGCCGAACAGAUUACUCUGCUUUCUGAGGGAAGAAUUAUCGAGAGUGGAAGUUAUGCCGAUUUGAUGUCUCGUGAGGAUGAUUCUGAAUUGUUCAAGUUAUUAUCAGAGUUUGGCACUAAAAAUAGAGAUACCGGUGAUGAAGACCCUAAUAAGUCUUCUACAGAGACUACUGCUGAUAAUGGAAAAAAUGGGGAGGUUCUUGAGAAGACGACCAGCACUGAAAGCAGUGAAUCAUUCUCCAUUUCCGGUGAUCUAGAUGAUGAAAUCAAGAGAGCUUCUAAAAAGGACAUUCGAAAGGCCGAACCUGAAGACUUUACGGAAGUUGUAAAACGGAAAGAAGAUUCGGACGAGGCUGCAGGUAGGGACGAGCAACAUGAGCAUGGAAAAGUGAAGUGGGGAGUUUACAUGUCAUACUUUCGUGCAUGUGGUAUCAACCACGUGGUAUUGAUGCUUUUCUUUACUGUCCUUUACAUGGCAUUAUCUGUUGCUGCGAACGUUUGGUUAAAACACUGGUCUGAGCUAAAUAGUAGAAUGGGUUAUAAUCCCACCCCUUGGGCCAAUCUCGCCGUCUACUUUGCUCUCUGUAUGUCUUCUACCUUUUUCUUGUUGUGUCAGACUUUGGUGCAGUGGUUAUUGUGUUCCAUUUCUGGAUCCAGAAUUCUUCAUAAGGGCAUGUUACAGAGUGUCUUGCGUGCGCCAAUGGAGUUCUUUGAGAUUACACCUAUAGGACGAAUUUUGAAUAGAUUCUCCAAUGAUAUCUACAGAAUUGACGAGAGCUUGUUCAGGGUCUUCAGCAGUUUCUUCUCCACUAGUGUUAAGGUGCUUUUCACAGUCCUGGUCAUCGUGUUCUCCACCUGGCAAUUCAUUUUUUUCGUAAUUCCUUUGAGUUUCAUUUACAGAUACUAUCAGAAGUACUACUUAUCAUCUUCCAGAGAACUCAGACGUCUUGACUCUGUGUCGAGAUCACCCAUUUUUGCUCAUUUCGAAGAAACUUUGACUGGUGUGGCAACCAUUAGAGCCUAUAACCAGGUAAAGAGAUUCAUCUUUUUGAACCAGUAUAAGAUGGAUACAAACAUGAGUGCUUACCACCCAUCAGUUAGCGCUAACAGAUGGCUAGCAGUGAGAUUAGAGUUCUUAGGUUCUAUGAUUAUUGUUGGGGCAUCAGGUCUAUUGAUUGUUACUUUACGAAGCGGCCACGUGACUCCGGGUUUGGUCGGUCUAUCCGUUUCAUACGCUUUACAAGUGACGCAGUCUCUCAAUUGGAUUGUGAGAAUGACUGUGGAUAUUGAGUCUAACAUUGUUUCUGUGGAAAGGGUCUUGGAGUACUCUCAUUUGACACCUGAGGCUCCUGAAAUAAUAAAAGAAAGUAGACCACCUUCGAAAUGGCCAUUUAAUGGAGCUAUCUCGUUUGACGACUAUUCUGCUAGAUAUAGACCCGAACUAGAUUUGGUGUUGAAACAUAUAAGCAUUUCCAUCUCCAUGAAGGAAAAAAUUGGUAUUGUGGGAAGGACUGGUGCAGGUAAAUCUUCAUUGACCCUUGCAAUUUUCCGUAUAAUCGAAGCUACAGAGGGCCAUAUUAAUAUCGAUAAGGUGAAUACUUCUGAGAUUGGAUUGUUUGACUUGAGAUCACGACUUUCAAUAAUUCCUCAGGACUCCCAAAUAUUCCAAGGAUCGAUCCGAUCGAACCUUGAUCCAAUCAAUCAAUACCCUGAUGAUGAUUUAUGGAAAGCAUUGGAACUUUCACAUCUUGACAGUCAUGUUAAGAAAAUGUACGAGGAAGUGGAGGACAAGGCCUCUGUGAAAUACAAUCCGUUAGAAGUGAGACUCAGUGAGGGAGGAUCAAAUUUGUCUGUAGGUCAAAGACAAUUGAUGUGUUUGGCAAGAGCUCUCUGCAAAAAGGACUGCAAGAUUCUUGUGUUGGACGAAGCUACAGCCAACGUGGAUGUUCGUACAGAUUCGAUCGUCCAGGAAACGAUCAGAUCUGCUUUCAAAGAGAGAACUAUCUUAACCAUCGCCCAUAGAUUAAACACCAUAAUUGAUAGCGACCGGAUCAUUGUGUUGGAUAAGGGUAGAGUGUCAGAAUUUGACACCCCACAGAACCUACUCAAGGAUACGAACUCGUUAUUUUAUUCUCUAUGCAAAGAAGGAGGAUUGAUCGGUCACGAGGAUGAUUUAGAGAAAGGAGAAGAGUAA